CACCGGCUCCGUCGGAACGUUAUAGUGUGACACGCAGCGGAAGUAAACAACACAAGCUGACAUUUGAAAGACUUUGUUUUUACUUGUAAUAUGUCGGGGAUGUUUUCAGCUGAGGUUUUCAGAGAGUAUGUGAAUGAUCGAUUAACCGCUGCUGCUGAAGAAAUAUUCGGAGUCUUUAAAAGAACGAUCGUCGAUUAUGAAGAAGAGAUCGACCGGCAGCGCAGACUGCUGGACGUCGUUUCCAAACCUCAGAUCAAGUUACACAGAACAGGUGAGGAAACAGAGCUUCCACAGCAACAUAUCUGCAAAGAGGAGGAGGAGGAGGAUCUCUCUGACCAGCAGCUCUGUAACCAGGAGAGGAAGUCCAGUCUGGACCAGGAGGACCCAGAGCCUCCACAGAUUAAUGAAGAACAGCAGGAACUCUGCACCAGUCAGGAGAGAGAGCAGCUGGAAGUGAAGCAGGAGACUGGAGACUUUUGGUCGACGCUUACGAGUGAGGAAAGUGAACACAUGGAACCAGAAAUUAAAAGUGAACACCAUCUCCUCGCUCACAGCUCUCAUGUUACUGAUAACGAAGAUCCUGAAAGCAGCAAGAAUGGAGACUCGGUAUCGACUACAAAUCCAGAAAGGAGACUUCAAAUGAGCACGAGUCACCUCGCUGAAUCAUCAGUGAACUUCUUUAAUCCUGACGCGAAUAAAAAGUCUUUCAAAUGUGACACGUGUGGUGAAGUCUUUCAGAGUAAGUCAGACUUACAGACACACCUGCGCGUCCACACAGGUAAGAAGGUGCACACGUGCAAGAGCUGCGGGAAAAUAUUCAGUUUCAGGUCGAUACUGAUAACUCACAUGAGAAUCCACACGGGCGAGAAGCCGUUUUCUUGCGUCACGUGUAAGAAAGAUUUCCGAUUUAGCCACGCGCUGACGGCCCACAUGAGAACCCACACAGGUGAGAGGCUGCACUCCUGCAGCACCUGUGGGAAGACAUUCCGUCGGAGGUCAAACUUGAAAAGUCACCUUCAGAUCCACACGGGUGAAAAGCCGUUCACGUGCCAAAUAUGUGGCAAAUCCAUCCGAUUGAAAGGGGACUAUAACAUCCACAUGAGGACACACUCAGGGGAGAAUCCGUACUCCUGUGACACCUGUGGGAAAGGAUUCUUUAAGAGGUCAGAUCUGAACAGGCACGUUCGGAUUCACUCGGGUGAGAGGCCGUUUACCUGCAAGACGUGUGGCAAAUCUUUCAAAAUAAAAGGCAACCUCACAGAACACAUGAGAACACACUCGGGCGAGAGGCCUCAUUGUUGCAGAAUAUGUGGGAGAGAUUUCCGAUCGGGCCGUAUGCUGGAGUGUCACAUGAUCACCCACACAGGUGAGACGCUGCACUCCUGCAGCACCUGUGGAGAAGGAUUCUCUCAGACAUUGGACUUGAUCAGACACAUGCAAAUUCAUACAGGUGAACAGUCAUUCACAGCCAACAGUGUUGAUGUUGAUUAAAAUAUUCAUGAUGAUGUUGAACUCUGUGAACUUGUCGUCACCUGUGUACGAUCAUGAGAUGUUUGUUUCCUCUCUGGAUCCUCGCUUGUGUUGUUCUUACUCUCACAUGUGAGUCUGCUAAAAAGGAUUAAAGAAGUUAAAGCUG